AUGUACUCAGCGCAUUUGUUCUGCUUUGGCCGCCAUGCGACCGUCCGGCUGCGUGCUCAGGAUACCGAUAGACGCGCAAUAUUAAUAAACAGGACUCAUAAAUCGACCGUAAGGGCUGCGUACGAUGUAGAGGUGGAGCCUCCGCCCCGAGCACCGAACAGCGCCCCACGCUUUGGCGGGCCGCUACCCCCGCCGCCUCCGCCGCCACCGCCACCACCGCGGGCAAUGGGAGGUCUUCAAGCUCCUUCAAGGCGGGAGCUGCUGUUUGGCGCUCUGGGGAUGGGGCUCGGCGUGGGGGGCACCUACGCCUACUACAAUCGGCCUAUCGACCCCUCCGAAAUCGACACCCGACUGACAGAGCUGUUGGAUGAGCUGAUGGACGACGAGUCGCUGCUGGAGACGUUGGGGCAGGAGGUCGGGCUGCGCAACGCGAUUCAGGAGUCGGAGGAGGCGAUAACGGCACUGGAGGGGCUGAAGCAAGUGGAGGAGUCUCUGGACGAGGUCAUACAGCAAGUCACAUCGGGGGAGCAGCCGCCGUCCGAUAAGGAAUAG